GUUCGACUUCGUACGGUAUACUUGGUAGUGCCUUGCCAUCUGUCUUCGCGCUUUGCGCAAACAGUCCCCGAUUACUUUUCAAGGAUAUAUUGGAUCAUGGCGCUCGAGGCAUCUACUCUGAUUCGUCCGCCGAUGCAUCGUGGUGGUGGCGGAGCUGAAAAAAAGCAGCAAGGCUGCAGAUGCCUAAAUAUCUCCUCGUCGUUAUCAUCAUUCAUGCUUCAACACUCUACAUUCGUAGCAAGAGAUGGAUCACCAACAAGAAGUCCCUCAACUUGGCAAUCUUCCUCCGCUUUACCAUCCCCUCGAUCCUAGCAAGCAUGAAAUACGACUGCUUCGAAUUCUACCAUCGCAUGACAAGGCUACCACCAUACAUUGCGAGUUAGAGACCACCACACUUGACGUUCGGCCAAGUUACCGAGCACUUUCGUAUGAAUGGAAUCCACCUAAUGCAGUUAAAUCAUUUGCUCGAGUAUUUGUGAACGGUCACGAAAUCGAUGCAACUUCCAACCUUCGACAUGCUUUGGCACAUCUUAAUGAUGGACCCUCCUUUGCCUAUUGGAUUGAUGCUUUAUGCAUCAACCAAUCCGAUAAGGUAGAAAGAGGUCAUCAAGUCCAAUCCAUGAGGAGUAUUUACCAUCAAGCCAGGCAGGUUCUGGUGUGGCUUGGUCUUGAUUCCGGCAACAUGUCACUAGGAAUGGACCUUGUCACAGAGCUCGCCAGUCAGGGUCUAUUUCCACAAACUAAGUUGGAAGCUAGACAAAGCCUACUAUUAGCAAAGCUAGUGGACCCUUUGCUCAAGCCACAUUGGGAUGGAGUGAUUCGGAUUUUCACGAACACUUAUUGGAGUCGCACGUGGAUCGUCCAGGAGAUCGUUGUUUCCUUACCGCUGGAGACACCUCUUCUAUGCGAUUUAAAGUCAAUACCGUUGGAAUAUAUCAGCUCGCUUUUGCGUUACAUAAAAAUAUAUGUACAACCAAUCAAAUUCGGCCACAGCUUAGCCUACGAUAUUGUUCUUGCUGGACGGACAAUAACCGAACUGCUUUGGCAUCGUACAAGGUGGAGGGAACUUGGCACUGAUUUUCCGCCAUACGAUAUGAGUCUACUCCGCAACUUAGUCACUUACGACAUGCAAGAAUGUCAAGAUCCGAGGGACAAAGUCUACGCUCUGCUCGGGAUCUCUACACCCGUCCCUGGUGUCGAAUUUCCUAUCAGUUACACUGACCCAGUCUCGGAAGUUUUUCGUAAUGUUGCAAAACAUAUCAUCGAAGGCAGCCAGCGCUUGGAUAUUUUGCUAGAUUGUCACAACGCGUCUAAUCGAUCCCAUUCAGCGCCGUCGUGGGCCCCGGACUGGGAGCAUUACCGCAGGGGAUGUCGAACUAUCUACUACGACACUAAUGGGUGGGAUGCAUCUAGUCCAUUGUCUACUAAAGGAUCUUUCCGCGUUGAUAACAUGGUUUUACGCUCACGAGGCUUCAUCAUAGGCGAAAUAUCGACUAUAUCAAAAGAGUUCCAGAGAUCCAAACCAGUCCUUGCCGCCAUGUCUUUUCGCAGUUGGUUGAAUUUCGUUACAUCUACCUGGGAAGUUCCUUCAGCAUCGAAGCGUAAGCCACGGAACUGGUUGAAACCUCUAAUCUCCGGUUGGAAAACACCCCAGAAACAAUCAGACAAGGCUGCGAAAGUCGAUACUGAAAACUGGGAAUCUGCUCUAGAGGCAUUAUACGACGCUAUCGUCAAAACAGCUCUCCAGGAGCAGGUAUACGGCAUAACUUGUCCUUUUGACAAGUUUCGCUCUUACUGCGAAAAGCUGAUCUACGAUUCUGAGCUUCCAGCAGAAACCGAGUGGCCCUUUGCUGUGCCUCAUGAUGCAGCGAGAUAUAUAGCUGGAAGUAGAUUAUGCUCAAUCAAAUUAUCCUCUGAAAAAGGCUCAGGGUCACUUGGCUACCCCGGAACAAAUUAUGAUAUUGAUAUGAAGAACACUGUGGGACUUUGUCCUUCGAGUGCGAAGUACGGCGAUGUUGUUGCUGUCCUUCGCGGGUGCAAGUAUCCGCUUGUUCUGAGGAGGGUGUCGGAUGGUGAGGGAUAUGAAGUCAUUAACAGUGCGUACGUAUACGGAUUCAUGAAAGGGGAGGUUGUAAAGAUGAUGUCCGAAGUCGAUAUCGAGUUGGUUUGAUUUAGCACACGAAGAUGAAAAGCAUUAAAAUUCGGACAUGAUGACGGAUCUCCAGCGCAAAAUUAAGAUCAGAAGCAAGAACUUCCAUCGAAGCAAGAUAUACGAAUUCAGAGGAGCUGAAACGGCAUGACGCUCGUUUGCAGUCUACACAUCUCCGAGGAGUUGUUUCGAUCUCGAGGGUCCCCAAUAUCUCCAGAAUCUACCUUGACAUCUUCAUGCAAUGGCCGCUUACUCUUCCC